UUAAAUCGUUGGCGUGUAUAACGGGCAUAAGCACUGCAUCCGUAACUCAAUACUAUAAGAUACAAGCUGGGAAGGUCGCAUAGACGAUACAUGAGCACCACAAGUGGGGAGGCGGCGCGGUGCGGGGUUGGAUGACAGUCUACUGCCAAUCACAACACUUACUGCCAUUAUACUGCCAUCGCACUGGAUACUACCAUCAUACUGAGUACCAUCGUACUGACUGCCAUCACACUGGAUACUGCCAACGUGCUGGAUAUUGCCAACGUGCUGAAUACUGCCAUCGUACUGGAUACUGGCAACGAUCUGAAUACUGCCAUCGCACUGGAUACUGCCAACGUACUGGAUACUGCUAACGUACUGGAUACACCCAACGUACGGGAUACAGCCAACGUACUGACUACUGCCAUCGUGCGUACUGCUAUCUUACUGAAUACUGCCAUUCUGCCGUGAUACUGCCAUGUGGCAUGCUGUCAGUAUGUCGCCCGUGACGAGUGUGAUCGUGAUGCACAUGGUCGGGUUGCAGAAUUUUAUAGCGGAGGAGUUCCGCGACAUGCCGGCGUCGUUCGGCCCUGACAUCCCCGUGGACGGCCUGCGCGGGCUGCUGGUGGCCGGCGAGCCGCAGGACGGCUGCGCCCCGCUCGCCAAACCACCGGCCGUCGACAACGAGACUGGGAAGUGGAUGGUGCUCGUCGCCAGAUACAACUGUAGCUUCGAGGUGAAGGUGCGCAACGCGCAGCUCGCCGGCUACGACCUGGCCAUCGUACACAAUGUCAACUCCAGCGAUCUCGAGACGAUGUCGGCGAACGACGCGGACGACAUCGUGAUACCGUCCGUGUUCGUGAGCGACCUCGCCGGGUACAUACUCGCCGAGAACUACCAGUACACUAACAGCUACUACAUAAUGGUGAACUGCGACCUGCCGUUCAACAUCAACACACACCUGCUGCUGCCCUUCGCCGUCGUGUCCGCGCUCUGUCUCCUCGUCAUGCUCAUAUUCAUGAUAGUGAAGUGCAUCAAGGACCGCCGGCGCGCGCGCCGGCACCGCCUGCCGCGGCGGUCGCUCCGCAAGAUCCCCACGUGCAAGUUCAGCAAGGGCGACCCCUACGACACCUGCGCCAUCUGCCUCGACGACUACCAGGAGGGCGAGCGCCUGAGGGUGCUGCCGUGCGCGCACGCGUAUCACAUGAAGUGCAUCGACCCGUGGCUGACGCAGAACCGGCGCGUGUGCCCCGUGUGCAAGCGGCGCGUGUUCGCGGCCGGCGAGCGGCGCCGCGCCAACACCGACUCCGACACUGAUACCGAGCCGCUCGUCGCCGACGCGCCCGCCACGCAGGGCGGUACGUUCGACGAGCAGACGGUGAACCCGUUCGUGCGUGCGGCGUGGUUCAUAGCGCGGCUGCGGUCCGGCGACGCGCCGCAAGACGCGGAAGCCCCGCCCCCGCCCCCAACGGUACAGGAGGAGCCAGAGAAUGUGGAUGAGGAUGAUUCGGAGCGGCGGCCGCUGCUCGCUCGGGCGGAGCGGCGGCGGCGGCGGCGACGGUCGCGGUCGGCGACCUGCCCGCGCCCCGCCCGUUCGCCCGCCUCCGUCGCUUCCUCCGCCCCCCGCGUCGGGCCCGACCCCGCGCCCGCCCCCGCUGAUAACUCCAUCAACGGCUCGCCCUCGCAGGGAGAAAUUGGUGUGGCUGCACUUCCGGCGCCUCAGGACGAUUCACAUCAUAUUAACUUAUAAUCUCUGUACAUACAAUACUAACACUUUGACUGUACAACGCUCGUCGUACUACAGAUUGGAGUUAAGUUAGCUGCAAAGCGUCGCAAUACAAAUGUCACAUCUAAACGCGUACCGAUGCAGCGUAUCUCAAUGCAGUUGCCUUUGACUGAUGUUUAGUUCUUCAAAUAUUAUAUUGUAAACUUGGACGUUCGUAAUGCAACUUAAUAAAAAUGAAGUUAGCCGCAAAGGGUAACAAAAACUUAUCUACUAAAUGCGUGAAUUAACAUAUUUUUAGUAACGAAAAAAUAAUUGCGGUUUUGUUUUCCAUUUCGACAAUAAAUAUAUUAAAUAACAGUCAAUUAACUAGAAACGUUUUAAAAAUCUGGCUGCUAGUUUUUUUCUUUCGUGUUCUAUAACAGAAAAAAUUAUAGUUUCUUUUAACAAUUUGUUUACCUGUAAUAUAAUUAUAUUAGGCAAGUAGCAAGUCUUAAAUUAACGUGUCGUUUAGGAAACUUAUGCGCACAUCAUCAUAACCUCCGAAUUUUUAGUUGCUUAGCUCAAAUAUUUAAUAGAACUAUUUUAAACCUACCUUCGAGUACACCAUUAAUAUCAAAAUAAGGUGCUUUAAAUCAUUAUGCGGGCUCUACACUCGCGGCGCGAAUUGCGGCCGUGAUUCGCGCCGUGAACACGAUUCGAACAAAUACGAAGCCGCGAAACCCUCCACACUCGCGGUUCGCGGCCUUCGCGGGCUUUCGCGCCGCGAGUAUGGAGCCGGCUUUACAUUAUUUGGAAGUCUGCCUAAAUGGCUCAAUUUACGUGCGAUUUUAAAAGGCAUGUAUACCUAUACAUAUAAA